AUGGCGACAACAUUCAACUCUAGCGGCCAGAACUACGAUAGAUUACUCGAGGCGGACGAUUUGACCAUGUCCCGGGGACCAGGGUCACAGAACGGCGGCGAUGGCCUUGGCCCUGUGCCAGAUAUCACGGCGUCGCAGAAGAUGGUUUCGGCAAUGUCUGGCAGCUUGUUCACGUCGCUUCUUGUAACACCUCUUGAUGUUGUUCGAGUCCGCCUUCAAUCACAAAGAACACCGACGUCGGCUGUCGAUUUUUCAAAGCUUGCCUUACGAACUAGCACGCUCACGCCCGCGCAGACGGCGGAGCUCGGAGUUACGGCCUGCUGCCGCGAAGUCUUCUUCCAAGGCAACUCUGCAGAGUUAUGCAUUGCAGUCCCUCGGGGUGAAGGGUUCAUUGAACCGGCGGCGUCUUCUGCAGCUUCUGGGGCUGAUUGCGCGGUGCAUGAGGUGCAAAAGAAGACAUACAACUCGACCUUUGAUGGCUUGAGGAAGAUUGCCCGUAACGAGGGCUUCACGACACUUUGGCGUGGCUUGUCACCCACAUUGCUGAUGACGAUUCCUGCCAACAUUAUCUACUUUACUGGCUAUGAUUGGCUUCGAUAUAACCCCGUAAGCCCGCUUUCCAAGCUUUCCAGCGACAACGCACCCUUGGUUGCAGGAUCAACAGCCCGCAUUCUCGCUGCUACAGCUGUUGGGCCUAUUGAACUGUUUCGAACUCGAAUGCAAGCAGCGCAUGGAGCGUCAACGACGAAUCACUUGAUGGAAACGUUCCAGGGGGUUAGGGAGAUGGUUGGCACGCACGGCUAUGUUUCCCUCUGGAGAGGAUUGACCUUGACUCUUUGGAGAGACGUUCCUUUCUCCGGUCUGUAUUGGUGGGGCUACGAAACGAUUCGAGCUCGAUUGACGGACAUGCGAGAGGAGACAAGGGGACGGUCUAUCGACCGCGUGGAGUCUUUGCAAAAUGCUCGACGGCGAUCCCAGAGCCAGGAAAACCACAUGGAAACUUUUGUGGACUCCUUUACCGCUGGAGCUUUAUCCGGUACCUUUGCUUCGAUUGUCACGACGCCAUUUGAUGUUGGUAAGACGCGCACCCAAGUUUACCGAGAUGCUCCCCAAGGGCUUGCGGGGAAGGUCCACGCGCCGGAGGAAAUGAACAUGAUGCGGCUGCUAUGGCAUAUCUUCAAGACAGAGGGCGCAUCAGGGCUUUGGAGAGGAUGGAUUCCUCGUGUGCUCAAGGUUGCACCGGCGUGUGCCAUCAUGAUUAGCAGCUACGAGGUGGGUAAGAGGGCUUUCCGAGGGGUUAAUGAGAGGUCGAUGACCCGACAGGGUGAAGACGACUAG